AUGCCGACGACGACGUCGUUCGCGCGCGCGCCGCACGCGGGGUCGGUGCGCGACGCGCGGAGGCGUCAUGGGCGUCGCGCGCGCGGACGAUCGGGCGUCGCGCCGCGCGCCGGGGGUGAAGAACCGGAGUGGAAGCGGAGGCAGAGGGAGCAAGACGCGGCCAUCAGCGCGGAGGAGGACGCGGUGCGAACGGCGGUGCGAGAGCGCUCGAAGAAGCUGAUCGAAGACGCGGAGGCGAAGGUUGGACGUGGUGAUGGCGACGGUGGAGCGAGAGGGGUCGAUGCGUCUCGAGCGGUGUUGGCGAAGAAGAUCGCGGAGGCGACGCGGGCGAUGAACGACGGGUUGGUGGAGCGAGAGACGGAGACGAGGCUGUUGCUCUUAGCCGCGUGCUGCGGUGAGCAUCUGUUGCUCAUCGGACCGCCGGGGACGGCGAAGAGCGAACUGGGGAGACGAUUGUCCGCUCUGUGCGAGAGUGGGUCGUAUUUCGAACGCUUGCUCACGAGGUUCUCCGUGCCGGAGGAGUUGUUCGGGCCGCUGAGCAUGAAGGGGUUGGAGAGGGAUGAGUACGUGCGAAGAAUCGAUGGGUACCUCCCCACGGCGAGCGUGGCGUUCGUGGACGAAGUGUUCAAGGCGAACAGCGCGAUCCUGAACUCGCUGCUGACGAUUUUAAACGAACGGUUGUUCGAUAACGGGAGCGAACGCAUCGACGUCCCGCUGCUGUGCAUGGUGGGGGCGUCCAACGAGUUGCCAGAGAGCGAGGAGCUGGACGCGCUGUACGAUCGGUUUUUAUUGCGAUCGAGCGUGGAACAAGUGUCAUCAGGGGGGUUGUCCAAGCUUCUCGCGCUCAGCGGUGACGCCGCGAUCGGUUCCAAGGCGGGCGAUCGCGGCGGCAUGAAUUCGAGCGUCUCCGUGACGCUCAAGCCGGAGGAUUUCUCCAACAUUCGUCACGAAGCCGCGGCUAAAGUGACGGUGCCUCAGAACGUCAUCGAACUCAUCACCGAUUUGCGAGCCUUCUUGCAGGACAAGUGCGAACCGCCCGUUUACGUUUCCGAUCGUCGCCUGCUCAAGGCUGUGCAGUUGCUCCGAGUCGCCGCGUACACGAACAACCGCGACGAGGUGAGCGAGUUCGACACCAUCUUGCUCACGAAUGUUUUAUGGCAGCGUCCCUCCGAGGCGGUGCUGAUUAAGGAUUGGAUUUUGGAGCGACUCGCCCAGGAUCGCGGGACGAAGCAGGUGCAGUAUCUCCUGGCUGGAUUAUUCGGCCGCGCCUGCCGCGCGGACGGCGACGCCGAGGAGUGCGCGCGUCUCCUCGACGAGGCUCGCAAGCUCCGCGGCGUCCUCGCGUCUCAGCUCGAGUCCCUCAGAGGUACCCAAGGUGGUUCUCUCCCCGCGCUGACCAACCACCUCUGGCUCUCCCCCGCCGACGCCGCGCGCGCGUCCCAGACGCUCGCGCCGAUGUUUUCCAAGGUGUCCAAGUCGCUCGAAAAGCUCCUCGAGGACGUCCUCACCCUCGAGGUCGCCCUCGAGCGCGACACCGAGCCCCACAUCCUCGCUUUGCUCAUGCCCGACUUCUGGGCCGCGUUCAUUCGCGAGGGCCCGAUCGCGGACGUCCAGCCCCUGGGCGUCGCCUCGCCGUGA